AUGUCAGGUAUAUCGAGAAAACGGGCAGAGAGAGGCGGGCAUCGAGCCUACGUCACCAGGAGUUUGGCACGGGCCAAAACUCUAGUAGAAGAAGUCACAGGAGAAAGUGUGUUGGAGCUUAAUACGUUGAAGCUCAGCUUAUCAGAUAAGAGAGAAACAAUAAAGAAGCUAGAUGAGCAAAUUUUAGGACUCAUUGAAGAUGACGGAGACGUCGAAGCGGAAAUAGAGUCAGCGUCGAAAACGUCCGACGAGAUAUACGAGGGGUUAGCGGCGAUUGAAAUGGCCAUAAAAAGGGUCGAAUUAUCGAAUCGGCAAGCCGGGUCGCAACAAGAAACAUCGAGGGCCAAGGCUAGCGCUCAAGCGCGGGUAAAGCUUCCUAAACUCGAAGUUCGGAAGUUCUCGGGAAAAGUACAAGAAUGGCCAGAGUUCUGGGACGCCUUCAGCAGCGCCAUUCACGAAAACGAAUCCUUGUCGGACGUAGACAAGUUCACUUAUUUGCGAGGGUUGCUCCAGGAGCCUGCAAAAUCGGCGAUUGCAGGGUUUGCGUUGACGUCCAUAAACUACGAAGCGGCCGUAAAACUUCUCGAGCGACGUUUCGGUAAUAAGACAAUCGUACAGCGGGCGUACAUCAACGAUUUGCUAAAUUUGAAGCCAGUGUUCAAUGGGAACGACACAGAACGUUUGCGCAAGUUUUUCGACGUAGUUGAAACCAAUUAUCGGGGGUUAGAGGCGCUCGGUGUCAAAGAGGAAGUCUACUCGGAGAUCGUAGUACCGUCGAUCCUAAAUAAGCUUCCAGAGGUCGUUCGACUGACAAUAACGAGGGGUGAGAAGUAUAUGGAAUGGACAAUGAACGACGUGGUCAAAGCAUUGUUGGCAGAGAUAGAAUUGCGUGAGUGCCAUGAUUUAACCAGCCAGACAACCAACCAAAAGGGAGAAUAUCAGGGGCGACGCCGUCUACCGGGAACAAUCAACACGUUGUUAACAAAGAAACAAGGACUUUUCUGUGCUUAUUGCACUGGAAAUCACAAGAGCGAGGAAUGUAGAAAGGUCACGGACAGAAAGGAGAAGUUAGAACUAUUACGUAAGUUUAAUAGAUGUUUUAAAUGUAUAAAUAAGGGUCAUGUAGCUAAAAAUUGUCGUGCACGUAAUAGUACUUGUCAUGUAUGUGGCGGCCCGCACCAUGUUUCGAUCUGUGAGAAAGAGUGUGAGGGAGGUAGUGGCAACCAGAGUAAGGAAGACGAGAAAAGCAGGGAAGAGCAUGCAGACCAGGCAGAAAAUGGCCAUAAAAGCCUUCAUGUAGGUACAAGUUGUAGAGUUGCCUUACAAACAGCGCAAGGUAUCUUGAAGGGUGAAAGAGAGAAAAGAGUGAGAGUGCUUUUUGACUCAGGUAGCCAGAAAUCUUUUGUAACAUCCAGGGCAAUGAAUGACGCAAAGUUGCGUGUGAUUAGAAAUGAAUGGCUUGCGAUUAAUACGUUUGGUACGGCGGCGGACAAAGGGAAGUCAAGGAAGGUUGUUGAUUUUGAAAUUGUGUCGAAACGUGGCGAUCGGAAGUUGCGGGUAGAGGCGUUGGUUGUGCCGGAGAUCUCGCGAAUUAGGAACGAGCAUCUUGAGGUUGUUAAGGGUCAGUAUCCACAUUUGCAAGGUUUGUGGUUGUCGGAUGUUUGUAAAACGGGUGAGAUGUUAGAGAUUGAUGUGUUGAUUGGGGCAGACAAUCUUUGGGCCUUUCAAAGUGGGAAAGUUUUGAAAGGUGGUGAUGAUGAGCCAGUUGCUGUUGAUACGAUGUUAGGUUGGGUGAUUAGUGGUCCACUGCUUGGGAGCUCAGAAAAUGAAAUAGCUAACGUUAAUCUUGUUUCACAGGGCGGAGAACAAAACGAGUUAAGUUCAAUAGGAGCGGAUAUAGAGAAACUAUGGGAUUUAGAUACCUUAGGGGUUAAGGAAUGUGAUGACGUGCAUGAAGCGUUACUCGACAAGAUAACAUUUAACGGAUCAAAAUAUUCGGUUAAGUUGCCGUGGAAACAAGGUCACGAUCAUUUGCCAUCCAAUUAUUCGAACAGUUUGGCUCGCAUGAAGGACAGAUAA